AUGGCGUGGGAGCAUCUUCCAUAUCUGACCCCAAUUCCAAUAAAUCCAAUAAAUUUAAAUGGCGACGACCCAUACGGUUGCAGGUGGGAUACCAAGAGAACGUUUACUCACACACCAACACAUGUUUUGCGUGCGUACCGUUCUAAUCACGAUACACAUAAUAAUAAACAGGUUGUUUGGACACCAUACGAUAACUAUAUGCAUCCAUGGUGUCUUGCAGAAAGAAAUAUAUGGACUACAACAGCGCCAUUGCUGUGCUUCCAAAUUGUAGAGUAUUACCACCCAGAAAGAGUCAUGCAACAGUUUGGGUUGUUGCAAAGAUGUCCAAGGUGGCCUACCGACAAUUUGGAUAAAUCUGUGCAUUGUGUAAAGUUGACAGGAAAGUCCACUGUCAAUUGGAGAAUGCAGCAUGACCAAUACUACCAGCGUUGGAACAUGCGAGCUGAACUUCUAGUUGGAGAUGACCAUUUUGAUUCAAGUGUGGACUAUGCAACAUGGUACUAG